GUUUCUUUAUUUUGAAAUCGCCAGACCCUACAGCAGCAGAUUAGGUUGGUCCCUCUUGUCUCACCGUAGGCAUGGCGAGCCCCAGCAGCGUAGUGAUAGACGGGGACUUUAUGAGACAUGCGGAAUAUACACCAAAAUCAAACAGAACGACCGAGACAGAUAUCGACAAACGUCUUGUCAGUAAAUCCUCCAAUGGAGACUUGAUUGGAUCCGAUAGGAAUGGCGCAGCAAUCUUAUGUUGGUAUGCUUUCCAUUUAUGGAGACCUCUGGGUCAGAUUAUUACAGAAGCCGCUAAGAAAGUGCCCUCUGCGACAUUCUCUACAUACAAAGGUGGAUUUGAGCAGAAGAUGCCCAGACGAGAAGCCAGUCUUAUCCUUGGGAUCAGUCCAAAUAGCACAAAGGCAAAUGUAGGAGAAGCCCACAGGAGGAUCAUGGUCCUAAAUCAUCCAGAUAAAGGCGGAUCACCGUAUUUGGCAGCAAAGAUCAAUGAAGCAAAAGAUCUGCUUGACUCUGGCCCUCGGCGUUGACCCAUCUGCCUUCAUUUACCCAGUGUACAUCUACUUCAGUGCUACAAACACACCUAUGAGCUUCCGCAAGCCAUUGUUCUAUGCUUGUCUGCUGUUAAUCAGCUAACUCUCAACACGUUUCAGAUCAGAUCUAUCUGUCACUGAUUUUUAACACCACUUUAAUGCAACUGGGCAAAGGUAAAUCCUUCAUGUUAAAGGAUCUUUACACUGUAAAAUAACUUUUUAUAAAUUUUUUAUAUUUUUAUUUAUUUAUUGAGUUGACUUGGGUAAUGUUAAAUAGCUAUGUAAAAUGUCCAGCAGUGUAAAGAAACAAAAUGUUUCCCAUAAUGCAUAGGGACCAGGCAUCUAAAUGUUAUUUUAGGUUUGCUAAAUAAACUGUUUUACAAAUGACUCAUUGUGAUUAUUUUUGUGUUUUCACACUACCAUUUCCCCCGUCUGUGCUUAUGCUGAUGCAUGAAGUAAAGAUGCUUGUCUGGUCUGCAUGUUAGACUUAUCCAUGCAGGGCUAGAGCAGUUGGAAUUGAACAGAGGGAACGAUCUGUGUGUCUCGAGCUGCUGAUAUAUAGCCAUUUGCUGAUUGUCAGGCCUCUAGAGAUUGAUGGGAAGGUCAGGCUUGCACAACACAUGCUGCAAAAACCAGUAACGCAUUAAUGCAACAGAAAUCACAUGCAUUAAAGAGAGAAAGAAAUCACUUUUUGGAUGCAUUUAUAUCUUUAAGAAACAUAUGUGCAGACUGGAAUAUUGUAUGCUGUCUACUAUUUUACAUAAAAUAGGAUGUUACACAGUAUACUACAGUACAUUGUUGACCUGUGGCAUAAUGCAUUUUUUAACUCUUAAGCUUUAGCAGUCCAAAAUGGACAUUAAAUUGAGGUAUGCUAAUCCAUCACAUGAUGAUCAGGUUGUGCACAUUGUAUUGUGGAAUAUGGUAUUUUGCACAGAUUUUUGUGCUUAAAAAAGCUUGUCUCUUAUCUGGAUCAUUUGUCAUUCCAGAUGGACCAACAUGAAAAUUUAGCCAGACCACCGCAGAAACCAUGAUGUCAGGAUGGACACAGACCCAAUUUAUGUCCCAACUUUUCCAUUUGUUUGUUGCAGUACAAAUUAAUAUUAGAUGCUUUGUAUGUGAAGGUUUCACCAAAUAAACACAGGAAAAGGGCAGAUUUGCCAAGCUCUAGGCCCUGUAAUAAGGGAGACCAUGUGUAUGGGUUAUUAUGUGUAUGAGUACUGCUGCUCACUCUUAUAUAUGUUGAGGAUCCCUGAAUUCAAGCACUGACCCUUGACUCUGUGUAAUAUGUAUAAAUGCUAAGCCCAGAUUCUGGCAGAAGUUGCACUGUGGUCAAGCUGCACUGUUGUUAGGUUGUGUUGCUCAUGACCUCCUUAUGACAGCAGUUAUUUUUGGCCUCUGCUCGCUGUGAAACCGGCACGGAGUUCCUGAGCAAGUCUGUUCUCUGCAGGUUUCUCUGUCAGGGUAGAUUUCCAUUAAACAGUGUUUUAAAAAUGAAAGUACAAUAAAAUACAGCCAUACGUACAGUAAUGAACUGGUCUGAGAAGCUGUUUAAAAGGUUGAUUUUGGCUGAGCAUAAUACCUCAUUAAACUUAUACCAGCGUGUACAUCUGAAUUAUGUAAAAACCCAUAAGGUACUUGUGUCAACUUUGGGACAAUAACAGAUUUUUACCUGUCAACAUUUUUUAGCAGUAUUACAACCAAGGCUUAUAGGAUACCAAGUAAUGCAGAAUUAUUCUGUUUUGGCAUUAGAGGUCUUCUUUAGCAAGACUUUGCAAUUUAUAACUUUUAUGACACCUCAGCUGUCAGCCACAUUCUUUGAUGGCUCUUUGAUGCUUUAGUUCUCUUCCUGUUAUCAGAGGUUUUUUCAUUUAUCUGAUGGAAAAGAUGUAAUUCCUGCUGCCAUAUGUUCUUGGUUACUUUUAUUGAUUCAGUGACCUCUGAUUUCUUGAAUCUGUAAUAAAAGAAGUUUUGGGCCUGGUUUCACAAACAACGCUUUACUAUUAUUUAGGAUAUUUAAGUCGCUUUUACUGGUGUGCAUCUGAGGACAAAAAAUGCCACCGACAUAUUUUAAAAUUAAAAUUCUGUUAUCAUUUACUCACCCUCUUGUCAUUUUAAACCUGCACUGUAAAAAAAUCCUGUAAAAAACAGAACUUUUCUGGCAGCUAUGGGGAGCCAGGAAUAAACCGUAAAAUUACAUGUUUUUUCUUGUAAAUUUGCAGUAAUCUUCUGUCAUUUUACAUAUAUUUUACCAUAUUAGAAAAAAAUAGUAAAAAAAUAGAAAAGUUCUGUAAAAUUACAUCAUUGCCUGUGAAACCAGCCCUUGAACUUUGUAUGCAGUAUUACAGUUUUAGUUUUUUGCCUUAUUGUAUUAUGUGAAAUCAUCACACAUUUUAGGCAUGCACUAUGACGGUUAUGUUGGCUUAUAUUUUGAGAUAUUUCAUUUUUUAUUUUACUUUUAAGCUAUAUCCUUUGACAUAAAUAGCAAUGCCCUAAAAACCAUUAGAGAAGACAUGACUGCUCACAUAAACUUACCAACUAUCCAGAACACCAGAAUAAAUGUUUAGCAAUGAUCUAUCUGUCCAAGUUUUAAAUCUACUGUACAAGGUUAUUUACACUUUUAACCAAAGCUUUGUCAAACCAGCAUCGAUCCAGACAGAUGCUCUGCGGCAAGCAGACUUUGUUACCCAUUUCCAGCUUUGCUCUGCAGGAUACUUUGCUUCUUUCCAUAAAUUCAAAUGAUCAGUUCAAAGUAGAUGUGAAGACAUCUGGAAAAAAUAUCCAACUUUGUCGUGAGAAAACGUUGUGGAUAAACAUGUAGCUUUACCCAGCUUUAAUGUAAUAUACAGUAAAAUACCACAGUGCAAUGCAACUUUCUCAGCCCAAGAUGAGUCUCAUUAGUAACAUCCAAACUAUGAUGAAUGCUAUGUACGAAUAUCACCACAAAUGUUAUAGUUUUAUUUGAUCGCUUUAGAGUGUGAAAAUGAUUUUCAUACAGUAUGGAAUGUUGCUGGCAUU